AUGGAUUCCGUAGACUUUGGGCAAGUUUUUUGGGGGCCUAAUGCUUUAUUUCGCGCGGUUGGAUACGACUUUCAACGGUUGCCACGGCCUUAUUGGCGACAGAUACUUAUGAAAGCAGUUCUUGUAUUUAUGAUCCUCAGCGCCAUAUGUAUCCGCAUCUAUAUGUUUAUGUCACUGCGAGAGCUUGUCAUAAGAGAUGACAUUCUGAACAGUUUCCGUUUAGGCGCCUUCAUCGCCUAUGGUAUCGAUUCAAACGUGAAGUUUGCAUAUUUUAUUUUUAAUGCACACCGUUUACGCCAAAUUUACGACUUCUUAGCAGCAGAGUAUCCACAAACAGCCAGUGAGCAAAAAUUAUAUAAAAUUGAUAUAUACGGUUUUCAAAGGGCACCUGUCAUGAUUUGUGCUUAUAUGGCCGUUGUUGCAUCGAUAAUGCUUAGCCCGCUGUUGCAAUCAAUUGUCACGUAUAUUAUUGAUAUAUAUCGUUUUGGUUAUGAUGCAGCAGAAUAUCCAUAUUUGCAUCCAAUACCAAUGCCAUACAACUUCGACUAUUGUACGCCACGUUAUUACAUACCCGUUUAUAUGGUGGAGUCUUUAAAUGGUCACUUUAGUUCCACAACUAACUUGGGUACCGAUUUAUUUAUAAGCAUAUUUUCGGGUCAAUUAUGUAUGCAGUUGGAAUACUUGGGCUACUCUCUUGAGACUUAUCAACCAAGUAUGGAGAAAUCAGAGGAAGACUGUGAUUUCCUAAGGAAGUGGAUUAGAAAACAUCAACUAAUGCUUGGUCUCUGUGCAGAUCUAGAUGAAGUUUUUGGUACAACCCUUCUGUGUAAAUUAAUAACAAACUGCACCUACUUUUGCAUAAUUGUUGCUCAGCUCAUGCUCGAAGGUUAUGGUUAUGGUUUUCUUAAUUUUGGAAGCUUCUUUUUCCUUACUGUUGCCCAAUUUUUUAUGGUAUGCCAAUACGGGCAGAAUCUGAUUACAAUAAGCGAACAUCUGUCAUUUUCGGCUUACAAAAACCGCUGGUACAAUGGUUCGAAGGCGUACAAAAAAAUGAUAUUAACGAUAAUUACGCGUGCGCAAACUCCGGCCAAUUUGACUGCAAAAGGAUUUCAACCCAUCUCGCUGCUAACCUUUCAAAUUGUAAUGUCCGUGACUUAUCGUGUAUUUGCCGUGUUGCAGCAGGUCUUUGAUUAACUUCGUGCAAACGUUUACUACACUGCUCAACUACAAAAAAUUUAUUUUAUUAAGUAUAAAUUAAUUAUUUAUGAGCACACAGAAAUGAAGAAAAUACAAAAGUACACAACUAAACACCUAUAAAAAUAUUGCAAGGAAAU